AUGGCACCGCCACGGGGAAGUAAGGGGUCUGGCAACAACCUGCUUUCCUCCGAGUCCUACGACGAUGAUGCAUCCACUCUCCGAAACUCUUCGGAAGAAGACGAAAGGAGACCUCUCGCCCAGAAUCUGGAAGCUAUAAAUAGGGGUGUAUCACAAGAAUACGAAGAGGAGCAUCGACGGAUAUUUGACGGCCUUGACGACGACGAGUUAGUAGUUCACCACAACGAGGUUAAUAUGGACGACCGGGAUGUUUUGGAUUCGGAAGAUGAGAGGGAGAAGCUUUUGAGCGUAGCUAAAGAUGAUGCUUCCAUUUUUGGGAGCUUGGGGAGAAAGAAAGGGAGGAGGGUACUAGUUGGGAGUAUGAGGGAUAGUUAUCGGAUGGAGGAAGGGUCGGCGAAGAAAGUGAAAGUUUACGACGUCGACAGAGAGACUGCUCGACGACCGACUGUCAUCAAGCUAGCUGUGUUUACGUUAGCCCUGACGGCUUUCUUAGUUGCUUUGAUUGGGGGGGCCAUGCAAUAUUCGUCGUCGAGUUCCGGGUUUUCGAAAUCUAUCUUGAGCAACGGAACUCAUGAGUACCACCCUACGACCAUCCUUAUAUCCCUUGAUGGGUUCCGUGCCGACUUCCUAAAACGAGGGUUAUCGCCCACCCUGCAGAAAUUCAUCGACGAGGGUGUAUCCCCGCCAUACAUGUACCCGAGUUUUCCUAGUGUUACCUUUCCGAACCAUUGGAGUAUUGUUACGGGCCUCUAUCCGGAAUCGCAUGGUAUUGUUGGGAACUCCUUUUGGGAUCCUGAGCUGGAGAAGGAGUUCUUUUAUACCGAUCCUGACCGUUCUCUUCAACCCCAUUGGUGGGGUGGUGAGCCCCUCUGGUCUACUGCGGAGAGGCAGGGUGUCAAGGCUGCCGUACACAUGUGGCCUGGGUCGGAGGUGAAGCCCGCUCCUUAUGAAAUCUCCUACCUAGAUCAUUUCAACAAAUCAGAGCCUUUGACGGUAAAGGUUGAUCGCAUCAUGGACUGGCUUGAUAAGCCAAUUGACAUGCGGCCUCAGUUCAUCGCUUCAUACUUUCAUCACGUUGAUACCGCUGGACACAAGUAUGGUCCCAACUCGACCGAAGUCAACAACAGCAUCAAAUUGAUAGAUGGGAUGCUUGCCCAUCUUUUCUCCGAUAUAGCAGAGCGGAAUUUGACUAACGUCGUAAAUAUCGUCAUUGUAUCCGACCAUGGCAUGGCUACUACGAGCAAUGACCGACUUAUCUUCCUUGACGAUAUAAUCGACAUGAAGCAAAUCGAGUUUAGCGACGGUUGGCCGCUUUACGGUCUUCGUCCCAAGUCUGGGAUCAAUAUGACCGCGCUUUAUGAGGUUUUGGCUAAGGAAGCCGCCAACAGUCCUAACUGGGAUGUGUUCCUUAGGGAUGUUGACAUGCCUGAACGGUGGCACUUCUCAAAGAAUCCAAGGAUUGCACCAUUAUGGAUUGUUCCUAAGACAGGGUGGGCCAUCGUUACCCGUCCGGAACACGACCCUUCGAAAACCAACAAGCCGUACAACCCUCGCGGUCUCCACGGCUAUGAUAACAUGCAUCCACUUAUGCGUUCUAUCUUCAUUGCCCGCGGCCCAGCAUUUCCACACCCUCCAGGCUCCAAAGUGGAACCUUUCGGAAACUGGGAAGUCUACUCCAUCAUCUGUCACAGCUUGGGCCUACAACAAUCACCAAUCGGUAACAAUGGUACCUUAUCUUGGGGUACACCAAACGGCGGGUUUAAAUUUACGUCAUCGAAAGAAGAAGAAGAUGUUCACGACUUCCCCGCUGAGGCUAGCGUGACAACCGCGGCGCCAUCCGUUCCGUCGGAGAGUUUUAAGCCGACAACAUCCUUAGACGAUAACGAAAAGGCCAUAUUAAGUCAUAUCUCUGAGGCUAAGUCUAUUCAGGCAGACGAACCGGUGACGGAAACCAUGGUACCUACCACACACCCUAGACCUACGGUUGAUACACCAGCGUCGGCGUCGGGUGUAGUACCCACCGAUGCGCCCAAGGUAGAUAGACCUGCUGUUGUGGAUGAUUCGACGGGGAAUAAAACGGAAGCAGAGAAACAGGCGGAAGCGGAGAAGCAUGGGUUUAAAAAUUGGUUAGAGUAUAUGAAAGAUAAGGCUAAAGCAAUUACGCAGAAGAUAUCAGACUGGUGGAAGAAUUUCUGGGGUGCAUAG